AUGAACAGAAGUCACGGGCUGUACAUGCAGAGGUCACGGGCUGUACAACCAACUUCAAGUGUUCACAGCUUCACGUGUUCACAGCUGAUAGAACUUGAACCAAAGCCCGUAGUUAUAAAACUUAUUCUUUCUUCUCUAGUUACAGUAAGCGUCUCCUUUCCUUUCAACCAUGACUGCCUCGUCGUUCUAGCGCCAAACUCUCCUCCAGUUGCCACCUCUCCGGCCGCCAUGGUGGGCCUCGUGGGUGCAGCUGCAGUCGUGUGCAUGCAUGAGAAGAGGUCCAUAAUCCCCCUCCACAAUCAGCUAUGCAUGACGACAAUAAUCUCUGCGUGGCGCAUGGUAGGAGCCAAAAAACAGCUCCACGACAACCUCUGCAUGGCCAUCUCAGGCGGCGAUGUUGGAUCUUCACCGGCGGCCAUCAACUUCGGUGUGACCUUGUCCCACCAACAACUUGCUUGGUAUCUUGUCGGAGGAACACCCCAGGUAUGGUUCUGUGUCUUCUCUGUCAUGGUUGGAACCUCAAACUUGGUUGGCUGUAUCUUAGGGGCACCGUCAAGUUCGCCGUCAGCUUGUCCUACAAAGAGCUUCGUUCAUAUCUUCUCCCACAUGUAUGGUUCAUAUGUUGUUUUCCAUGGUUGCAACCUGAAACCGGUUCUACUCGGUGUUGUACUCCAUGCAUGGUUGAGAUACACAUCAAUGGGUUGGAUGUUGGAGAAGUUUAUAUGGGCAUUUCUUAUUGAGUGCACAUUCCUUGCUGGUCUAUCUCAUUCUCAUCAAGCUUCAAAGUACUCCUUUGUAAGAGAAGCAACAUCUGCUCCACCGAUCCUGUCUUAUGACUACAUAAUCAUUGGUGGAGGAUCAUGUGGGUGUCCCCUUGCAGCAACUCUCUCACAAGGUGCAAGAGUUUUAGUCCUUGAAAGGGGAGGUUCUCCUUACACAAAUCCUGAGCGAAUCCACCUAAAGAACUUUGUCAACUCCCUGGCAGAUAUAACCCCUUCAUCAUUUUCCCAACCGUUCCUAUCCACAGAUGGGGUUCUUAAUUCCAGGGCUCGUGUCCUUGGCGGUGGCUCUGUCUUGAAUGCAGGGUUCUAUUCAAGGGCUAGCUCCGAGUACGUAAGGACUUCGGGUUGGAAUGAAUCUUUGGUUGAGGAUUCUUAUAAAUGGGUUGAAAAGAAAUUGGUUUUUGAGCCCCCAAUGCUGCAGUGGCAAUCAGCAGUGAGGGAUGGACUGCUGGAAGUAGGUGUGUUGCCUUACAAUGGUUUUACUUAUGAUCACUUAAAUGGGACUAAGAUUGGAGGGAUAAUCUUUGAUAAGGACGGUAACAGGCACACUGCAGCUGAUUUGUUAGAGUAUGCUGAUCCCAAGAGAAUUGCUGUAUAUCUCCAUGCCACAGUGCCCAAGAUACUAUUUAAGCAUAACAUAGAAAAAAGAAGACCCGAAGCUUAUGGAGUAAUGUUCCUAGAUGCAAUGGGAGUUAUGCAUACAGCAUACUUAAACAAAAAUGCAAAGAAUGAGAUAAUCUUAGCAGCUGGUGCAAUUGGAAGCCCACAGUUGCUGAUGCUGAGUGGAAUUGGUCCUGCUAACCAUCUGAAGGCUCAUGGAAUCAACGUGGUUUUGGAUCAGCCAUGGGUGGGUCAAGGGAUGGCAGAUAAUCCAAUGAAUCUUCUGGUGGUUCCUUCCCUUUUGCCUGUUGAAGUCUCUCUGGUCCAAACAGUGGGCAUCACAAAGUUUGGCAGCUUCAUCGAAUCAGGCAGUGGAUUAAGAUUAGGCUAUUCUUGGUCUGAAAAGCUUCAAAGGAUUUUUGAAUUUGUGUCAAACCAGUCUGGUCAGCCUUCCACGCUUUCCUCAGAAAACAAGCAGAGUGCUGCAGAGUUCGUUAGAUUUUUAAACAGUCCAACUCUCAAAGGAGGAAUCAUAAUUGAAAAGAUAACGGGACCAAGAUCCACAGGUCAUUUGGAGCUCAGGAGCAGAAAUCCCUAUGAUAAUCCAUCAGUUACCUUUAACUAUUUCAAGGAUCCAGAAGACUUAAGAAUCUGUGUUGAAGGGAUGAAAACCAUCAUUAAUGUGAUAAACUCAAAAGCAUUAUCAAAGUUCCGCUACCCUAACCUACCAGUCCAAGCUCUAAUAGACUUCAUGUUGCUGAUACCAAUGAACUUGAGGCCAAAACAUGCUAAUGCUGCUUUUUCUUUAGAACAGUAUUGCAUAGACACUGUGCUAACAAUUUGGCAUUACCAUGGAGGGUGCCACCUUGGUAAAGUUGUUGAUCAUAAUUACAAGGUUAUUGGGGUCGAAGCUCUGAGGGUCAUUGAUGGAUCCACUUUUUAUCGCUCACCGGGGACUAAUCCUCAAGCCACUGUCAUGAUGCUUGGAAGGUAUAUGGGAGAAAAGAUUAUAAACAAAAGAUCCUUCAGUGGCCAGAAAAGUGAAGGGAUCAAUUAA